CUCUCUCUCUCUCUCUCUCUCUCUCUAACCUUCAAUAGCAUCCCCAUUCAUUCUCCCUGAGCGAGCGAGGGUGGCCUUCUUCCUCUGUUGCCAUGGCCACGGCCGGACCGUCGGCCCCUCUUGGCAUCCUCUUCCUGUCCGGCCUCGUCUUCGCCACCAUCCUGUCAGCCAAUGCCUCCGACGCCGACGUUCUGCUUAAAUUCAAGGCGGUGAUCUCCGACCCAGCCGGCGCCCUCCGCACGUGGACCGCCGACACGGCCCCAUGCACGCCGAAAGCCGACGACUCCAGCUGGGCCGGCGUCAUCUGCGACAACGGCACCGUGCUCGGCCUGCAGCUCGAGGGCAUGCGCUUGUCCGGCACGCUGGACCUGGGCCUGCUCGCGGGCCUCGCGGGGCUCCGGACGUUGAGCUUCAUGAACAACUCGUUCCGAGGCGCCAUGCCGGACGUGAAGAGGCUCGUCGGCCUGCGGUCGAUAUACCUGUCGAUGAACCAGCUGUCGGGUCCGAUCGCGGGCGACGCGUUCGACGGGAUGUGGUCGCUGAAGAAGGUCCACCUCUCGCAGAACGGAUUCUCCGGGCCGAUCCCGGCGUCGCUGGCGGCCGCGCCCAAGCUUCUCGAGCUGAAGCUGGACGGGAACCGGUUCGAGGGCGCCAUCCCAGACCUCCGGCAGAAGGAACUGCAGGUCGUGAACGUGUCCGGCAAUAGCCUGGAGGGCCCCAUCCCGGCCGCACUCGCCACGAUGGACGCAGACUUGUUCGCAGGCAACAAGGGCCUUUGCGGCGCGCCCCUCGGCGUGCCGUGCGCUUCGUCAUCCGUGUCGCCGUCGAACAAGUCCUCAAGCUCGGCAAUGGCGGUGAGCCUUGCGAUCGCUGUGGUGGCCACGGUAGGAAUCGUCGGAUUAGCGCUCCUCGCGCUCCGCCGCCAGCCGUCCCGGGUGCAGGAAGAGCAGCUGGGCCGGCUGCCGUCUUCCAAGAACUCCUCCGCCAAGAAGGCCCGGACGGCGUCGUACAAAGAGAACAAGCUGGAGGAGGGCCCCCCGGCGGACGAGCGCCAGAGCGAAAGCGGAAGAGGGAGCGGGAGCGGGAGCGGCAGAAAGUCGGCGGCGGGGGGCCACGAGCAAGGGAGGCUGGUGUUCGUGAAGGAGGACAUGGUGAGGUUCGAGCUGCACGACCUGCUCAAGUCGUCGGCGGAGGUGCUCGGCGCCGGGAAACUGGGGUGCUCCUACAAGGCCACGUUGACGAGUGGGCACUCCAUGGUGGUGAAGAGGUUCAGGGACAUGAACAGGGUGGGGAAGGAGGAUUUUGAGGAGCACAUGAGGAGGCUCGGGAGGUUGGCUCACCCCAAUUUGCUCCCUCUCGUGGCUUACUAUUACAGGAAGGAGGAGAAGCUGCUCGUCAACCGCUAUGUGCCCAAUAGGAGUGUGGCUCAUCUGCUGCAUGGCGAUCGCAAACCAAACAGCGCAACGCUGGACUGGCCAGCGCGUCUUAAGAUCGUCAAAGGAGUAGGCAGAGCGCUGAUAUACCUCUACGACGAGCUGUCGAUGCUGAGCGUCCCCCACGGCCACCUCAAGUCCGCCAACGUCCUCCUCGGCGACUCCUUCGAGCCGCUCCUCACCGACUACGCCCUCGUGCCCGUCAUGAACCAGUCCCACGCCGCGCACGCCAUGGAGGCCUACCGCUCCCCCGAGCGCAAGCAGUUCGGCCGCACCUCCAAGAAGAGCGACGUCUGGAGCUUCGGCCUCCUGAUCCUCGAGCUGCUGACCGGCAAGAACCCCAGCGACCAAGGCAAGGAGGACCUGCUGAGCUGGGCCGACUCCCUCGCCAAAGAAGAGCCCGCCGCGUCAACGACGGAUAAAGUAGCGGCGGUGGUGUUCGACAAAAUGAGGAACGCCGACGAGGGAGAGAUGAUGAAGCUGCUGAAGAUCGGGCUGUCGUGCUGCGAGUCGAACGUGGACAAGAGGUGGGAGCUGAAGGACGCCGUCGACAAGAUUGAAGAGCUGACGGCAGAAGAAGGCGAUGACGGCCACCGCCGCCGCUCUUCUUCGUCUAGCGAGGGAGUCGACGCCAGCAGGGACGAUGGUUUCUCUUCUGUUGCAAUCAACUGAUGAGAGAAUCAAACAACGCUGGAAAUUAAAGGAAUUAAUAUAUAGAGAAGACAUGCAUUCGAGAUUUGAGUUUUAAAUCUAGGAUGGGACCCUCUUUGGCCUUCUAUAUAUGUUUAAUUUCUUC